AUGUGGUGCUCUUGCAUCUUUUUGUUUUUCUAGGAAGAUUUUGCAAAAGCUUGAAUCCUAGUACUUGUAAAUAUUGAAUGAGUUUCAUGUUUGAGGAUUUAUGUUGGAUCCACUUGUAUAUGUUUGAUUUAAUCUAUUGAGUUAUUAUUAGGCUUUGGAAUGGAAGAAUUAAUUCAAGGAAGGGCAACAUUGGGGGUUGUAGUUGUAAGUUUGUUGGUGAUCCCGUGUUUAAAAUUUCAGGGCAGUUCUAUCACAUAAACCUCUACUCAAAAUCACUUAAUAAGUCUAUGAAUUAUAGCCUUUGGCAUAGGUUUAAUGCAUUAUUAUUAGCAAACAGUCUGUAAAGUUUGAAGCAUCGUGUGGGAUCAGAUUUGUGUAAAAGUGGUUUGCCCUUCGGAUAAAUUAGUUUGACUUGAGAUUUUGAGAAUCUCUUUUGGAUUUUGAAGGACAGGCACCUAAUUGAUGGGUGAAAUAUGUAAAUUUGUAGUGAUUGGACUUCAUAUUGGAAGUUCAUUGUUAGACUAUUAUGAUUGUUGAUGAAUGUCACAAUCAGCCGAAGGGAAAUCUGUAGGGUCCAUGCAUUGGGAUGGGAAUAGAGGAUUAGAUUUCACAUGCUUCUAUGGAAUGUUUUUCUUAAUCAUAUCACUUAAUGCCUCUUUCUGUUCACCUUUUUUGACUGGAGUACAAUCUUCUCAUUAAUUUCCUGGUGUGAAUAUCUUGAGAUUCUGUAAUGAUUUAGAGUAUCAUACUUUCAUAUUGCUGAGAAGGUGUUUAAUCAUGUGAACUUCCUCUGAGGAAUAUAUAUGUCAUUUUUAGGUUUUUUGUCCUUCUUUGGUCUAUCUAUCAUAUUUUUCAACCCUUGUUGGCGUAAUAAGUUUCCAUGUUUAUCAUGAUUUGCUGGCUAAUUUUCUGCAAGUUAGCAAGCUGUAUCAUUUCGAGAAAUGGUCAUGGAGCCUGAUGGACCAAAACGAGCAAGAAAAAGAAAUUAUUUGGUUCAAGAAAAUGGUGAUUAUAAUUCGUUAAGCGUGGGUGAAGAUCUUGAUCCCUGGACUGCAUGGGCGUACAAGCCUCGUACUAUAUCAUUAUUACUUAUUGGUGCAUGCUUCCUUAUCUGGGCCAGUGGAGCCCUUGAUCCUCAAAAUGCAGCACAUGAGGAUAGUGCUACUUCUGUUAAAAGGGGUGUAUGGGCUAUGAUUUCAGUAUUUCUUGCCUAUUGUUUGCUGCAAGCCCCAUCAACGAUUUUGAUUAGGCCACAUCCAGCAAUUUGGCGUUUGGUGCAUGGAAUGGCUGUCAUUUACUUGAUAGCACUUACCUUUUUGCUGUUUCAGAGUCGUGAUGAUGCUCGACAGUUUAUGAAGUUUCUCCAUCCUGACCUUGGUGUUGAGCUUCCAGAAAGAUCUUAUGGUGCUGAUUGUCGUCUUUAUUUACCUGAAAAUUCCAAAAGCAGGUUUAAGAAUGUUUAUGAGACUCUUUUUGAUGAAUUUGUUCCAGCUCAUAUAAUUGGAUGGUGGGGAAAGGCUAUAAUGAUUCGUAACCAAGCUCUACUAUGGGUGUUGUCAAUUGGGUUUGAAAUGAUGGAGCUAACCUUUCGCCACAUGUUACCUAACUUCAAUGAGUGUUGGUGGGACAGUAUCGUUCUUGAUAUUUUGAUAUGUAACUGGUUUGGCAUCUGGGCAGGAAUGCGUACUGUUCGAUACUUUGAUGGUAAAACAUACAAGUGGGUUGGUCUAAGUCGUCAACCUAAUAUUAUUGGGAAAGUCAAACGAACACUGGGACAAUUCACACCAGCACAGUGGGACAAAGAUGAGUGGCACCCAUUACUUGGUCCAUGGCGUUUCAUUCAAGUUAUAAGCCUUUGCAUCAUCUUCCUGACAGUAGAGCUCAAUACAUUCUUUUUGAAGUUUUGUCUUUGGGUACCCCCUAGGAAUCCUGUGAUCAUAUAUAGACUAAUCUUGUGGUGGCUGAUUGCGAUCCCAACAAUUCGCGAAUAUAAUUCCUACCUUCAAGAUCGAAAGCCCGUGAAGAAAGUUGGCGCAUUUUGUUGGCUAUCUCUUGCAAUUUGCAUCAUUGAACUUCUUAUUUGUAUAAAGUUUGGACAUGGUUUAUAUCCCAAACCAAUGCCUCUUUGGUUGGUAAUAUUCUGGAUCUCGGUUGGAGGUGCUGUCAUAUUAUUCCUUUUAAUUUGGUCGUGGCAAUCGCAUCAACGUUUAGCAAGAAAGAAGCGAUGAUCUCUCAGCAGCAGUGGUAGACCAUUCUUUGGUUUCUUCUUGUCAGAAGGAGGAUUCCCAUGUAAAUAUUUUACCCACAUUGAUUGUACAUGAGCUCCCUCUCAGAAAAUGGACUCAUUUCCCAGAUCAGUAAUCUUCUUCUUUUUGGGAAUUAUGUUUCUUGAGUGGAAAAUUUUCUUUUUCUAGAUGUUAGAGUUGCUAUUUGAUCUGUUCUUCUAUCUGGUUUGUUGUGCUUUUAUUUAUUUUAUUUUUGGGUGGGGGGUGGGGGGUUGUUUCUUGGGUUUUUCAUUUUAUUUUUAUGUUGAUUAAUGUUAAUGUUUGAGAUUGUUAUUUAAUCUUUAUACAUUUUUUUUCGUGUUUGGUUUUUCUGCA